AUGUACUCACUGACUACGAAUAGGCCUCCCUAUGUUCAUGUUGGCUGUGGAUGUGGAAGGAAAUUCAUCAUUGAAGAAAUGUACCUCAAUUUUGACGAAAACCAGAUAAUUUGUAGAUUCUGCACCCAGAACACAAUAGAUGAUGUCUUUUGCCCGUCAUGUGGGGAGAGACAUUCGAUCAGAGAUUCUCAAUCCUUAGAUAACAAAUGCUCUAGAUGCUUAUAUUGUCCAUUCUGAUUCAACAAGGUGGUACUCAGCAAAAGUACUAUCAACGAUAAGAAGACCUACUACUUCCUGUGCACAUCAUGCAAAUGGAACAGUGUCCGAAUUGGUAUUGCUGAAGAAACCCCUUUGGAUAUCAUGACUAAAUGCUCUGUAUCUAAUGACUCAAGGGGCGAUAAUUUAAAGAACAAAGUAUUUUUGACCCUUCUAAACAACUUGAAAGCCAACCAAGAUGAGAUCAUGAACAGAGAGAAGAAGGAAGUUAGGCAGAAAAAGAAAACCAACCUUGUCGAAGAGAACAAAGGCAGCAGUAACCUUGAAAGAGUCAAAUAUACUCAUGAUAUGUAUGCAGAAGAUGAGAAGAAAAGAAAAGAAAUAAGGUUUCAUCAGAUGACCAUGCUUGAGAAACCAAUCCCAUUCCAGCUCCUUGAUGGCAAGAUCGAGCCCAAGGUUGCAGAGCCUCCUGAGGAACUUGACCUUGGCAAAGAGUUCCAAAUAGUUGAAGACAACUGGAAGUUACGAGAUCUAACAAAUUUGGAACAAAGACAUAAGGAUGUUUAUAACCAACAUAGGAAGAAGUCUAAGCUUUAUCCUAUCCCUGUCUCUCUUCUACCAUUUGUCACUAAACAGCAGAAGGGGACUAAGAAGCUUCUGAUUAGGCCAAACACUUCAAGGGCGGGUGCAGAUGAUAAAUAUUUUGAAGUUGACCAGCUAGCUAUGAAGAACUUUCCAACUGUGACUAUUAAGGAAAUGCAUGCUAAAAACGAGACUACCCUUGAUAUGUACAUCAGAUUCACUAAUCCAAAUAUGUCUAACUGAGGGAUAAGAAUGAUCCCAUUGACUCCAGAACAAGCUGAGGCUUACAAGCCAAAUCUUGAGUUUGACAUGCCUGAGGGAUUCCUCAAAAUUGACUUCCACAAUGACCUUAUUGGCAGAGAAGAUAUUGAUACCAGCGUAGAAAUGUUGAAAGAAUUUGAUGUUAAAGAAGAAGACAAGGCCUUCAUAAAAGAUGCUGAUAUGAACUUUGUACUCUUAAAAUUACCAGCCAAGCUCAAGGAAGGAUAUCUGUUAUCAAAGAAUUUUGCCAGGCUCGGGUUUAAUUUGGAAGCAACUUUCUAUAGGGAAAAUUUCUAUACAGUGGAGUCACCAAUAUUUAUUACUAGUUCUGCCAAGGCGAGAAAAUCCCAAUCAAAAGAGAGCUAAUCAUCUUUGUUGUAAAGGAGUUG